GGGUGACUGGAAUGUACACAGAGCCUCAUGGAAGGAAGGCUAGACAACAAACAACACAGCAUGAUCCAUCCUAUAAACAUCCAUCUGCUGCUAUUCCAGAUUGCAAAAACAUACAAAGAGAUCUUAGAAUACACAAGUGAUCGAUUUGUCGAGCUUUGCUUAUACUAAAGCACGUACAAAACCGACAGGAUGUGUUACACUCUGGCUGAAAACAGCUUUGAUGGAGCAUUAAAGGAGGUCCUACAUUUUAAAGACCAAGAGCUGUAUUCCAAACUCCUCUUACAACUUAACAACUUGCGGAAGCAGCAGAUCCUCACAGAUGUUGUCCUUUGUUCUGAUGGCAACAAGAUCCCCUGCCACCGCAAUGUCCUGGUCUCCAGCAGCCCGUACUUUCAUGCUAUGUUCUGCAGCAACUUUUGUGAGAGACAGCAGGCUCAGGUGGAUAUGCAGGGAAUUCCCUAUAAUGUCUUGAACAGCAUUGUGGAUUAUGUUUACACAGGGACCAUUAGUAUCACCAUGGAGUCUGUCCUCCCUUUGAUGCAUGCCGCUGCCAUGUUACAUUAUGAGCGGGUUUUCGAGGCCUGCUCGACCUUCUUGCAGGGCCAGCUCAGGCCAGAUAACUGCUUGAGCAUGAUGCGUCUUUCAGAAAUUUUGCACUGCACCAGUUUGCAGCAGAAAGCUCGAGACAUGGCCGUCAAAAGCUUCUCUGAUGUUGUGGCUUCUGAGGACUUCUGUGAACUCUCCCUGAAAGAGGUGGUUGGUUACUUAGAGGAUGACCAACUGUGUGCAAAGGAGGAGCAAGUGUUCGAGAUCCUUCUGGCUUGGAUUCACCAUGACCCUUUUGCCCGGCAAGGUGCUAUUCAUGAUCUUUUCCAAAAGGUGAGGCUACGACACAUCCAUCCUUCCUACCUCUUUCAGUUUAUUGCCAAUGACCCAUUAGUGCAGUCCUCCUCCCUUUGUACUGAGAUCAUCGACUCAGUCAGGCGUCUCCUCUUUUCUGCUGGUUCCCAUUGCCCUAAUGAACUGCAACCACUCUGGACUGCUCCCCGGCGUCAUGCGUGUAAAGAAGCUCUAGUGGUUAUUGGCGGUCGUAAAAACAACGAGCGCACAUCUCGGGAGGCACUGCUAUUUGAUGAAGAAACAGAGUGCUGGCAAUCCCUGGCUAAGUUACCUGUACGACUCUACCGUGCCUCUUACGUCUGUAUGCAUAGCAUUCUGUAUGUUCUGGGAGGUCUCACCAUGACUGCAGGCGGAGGUGGUGUACCUACUGCCACAGUUUAUACACUCUCCCUAAAAAUGAAUCAGUGGAGGGUUGCAGAGCCCAUGCUCGUGGCUCGAUUUGGCCAUCAGAGCAUCUCCUAUCUACAGUUCAUCUUUGUUUUAGGUGGCAUUACCAGUGACCGACAGAUCACCAGUGGGGUGGAAAGGUACAAUACCAUGUUUAAUCAAUGGGAGUCUGUAGCUCCAAUGCCAGAAGCAGUUCAGCAUCCUGCUGUAGCAGCACAUAACCAGAGAAUCUAUGUUUUCGGUGGGGAAGAUGCCAUGCAAAAUCCGGUACGAAUUAUUCAGGUGUACCACAUUGGACGAAAUUUCUGGUGUAAAAUGGAGAACCGGAUGGUGAAGAAUGCUUGUGCCCCUGCUUCUGUCAUUGAUGGCAAAAUCUACAUUAUUGGAGGCUACACAAGACGAAUGGUGGCAUAUGACAUCAAAACAAACAGAUUUAUUAAAUGUAGCAAUAUGAAAGAAAGAAGGAUGCAUCACUCAGCCACCGUCAUCAACAACAGACUCUAUGUUACUGGGGGCCGAUACAUUACCAGCCACGAUGAUGUCCAGGAUUCAGACAGCUUUGACUGCUACAACCCAGAGACAGACGUUUGGACAUCAAAAGGCACUUUGCCAUUUAAACUCUUUGACCAUGGCUCAGUUCCGAUGGUGUGUGUCUCACACAAGCCUUUUCUCACAUAAAUGUGAUUAUAAUUCUGCUGGAAAGACAGCACUGUGUACCCAGACUGGUCAUCGACUGAGAAAGCUAUGUCUAUAUUUGAAAAGCUUUCAGUGACUAAGAUGCAGGAAUGUCCAAGUGUUCACAGGAUUAUGCAGUUAAUGAGUAACAUGACAUACAGCUGUUCAAGUCACAUAAGAAACUUGAUCAUAAGAUAUGCUAGAUAUGCAAUAAAAAGUGCAGCAUCAUUUAAGCAUGCAGCAACUUGUUACGACAUGUAGCAAUAUCUGUUGCUUAAAAUAAUAGUUCACAUUUACAAACUGAUUGGGCAAGACAUCUUGGUACUUUUUCCAUGUUUCUUUUAAACAUACUGUAAAUAGGUAUGCACAUAUUGUCUACCUAGUUAAACUAUCACUCAUUUAAUGUCUAGCACUUUAAAUCAAACACUUGCAUUAUCUACAUACCUUUAUCCAAAAUCAUUCCUACAACCUCCUAUUCGCUGAUUCUCCAAAAAGGUUUCUAAUGUUCCUUUAAACACUGUGUGAUGCUCUAUAUCAAAUUCUAUAAUCUGUACUAU